AUGUGUCUUCAAUUUAAACGUACAAGAAAACAGCCAAAUAGAUAUGAGAACUUUGUGGUGUUAGAGAAAACUGGAGAAGAAAAUGAAGGAGAGUGUAACAUCGGAACAGAAGAAGAGUACUGGCGAAGAGUGGCUUACUACAGAAUUAUCGACACAUUAAUUAUUAAUCUUAAAAGCAGAUUUUCAACCGAAAGCUUAUUAUUAGCCACUUCAAUAGAUAGUUUUCUCAAAAUGGAUUUAAAAAACAGUGAAUAUUUUAUAAAUCAAUAUCAGGAAAAUUGUGAAAACUUAAAAAUAUUUUUUUAA